CACAGAGUCAGGGCUGCCUUGGGGACUAGUGGGCGGGUUGAGAAACAUUCUCUCUUCCCUUUCCUCCCUAACCCACAACCUGCUGUUCAAUUCAGCUUUGGUUUUGAUAUAACUGUAGAAGACUUCCUGCCGGCAACGUUGGUGAGCUAUUACCUUUAUUCGAGAGACCUGCUGAACUCCACGGCACCGCCAGGCCACAGAUAUGCAAGCCAUCAAGUGUGUGGUGGUCGGAGAUGGAGCUGUGGGUAAAACCUGCCUCCUGAUCAGCUAUACCACAAAUGCAUUCCCUGGGGAAUAUAUCCCAACUGUGUUUGAUAACUACUCUGCCAAUGUGAUGGUUGAUAGCAAACCUGUAAACCUGGGACUCUGGGAUACAGCUGGACAGGAGGAUUAUGACCGCUUGAGGCCUCUUUCCUAUCCUCAGACGGAUGUCUUCCUCAUCUGCUUCUCUCUAGUCAGCCCUGCAUCAUAUGAAAACGUCCGUGCAAAGUGGUUUCCAGAGGUACGACAUCACUGUCCCAGCACUCCCAUGAUUCUUGUUGGCACAAAGCUUGAUCUCCGGGAUGACAAGGACACCAUUGAGAAGCUCAAGGAGAAGAAGUUGGCACCCAUUACCUAUCCACAAGGCCUGGCGCUGGCCAAAGAGAUUGAUGCAGUGAAAUAUCUUGAAUGCUCAGCAUUGACCCAACGUGGCCUGAAAACAGUGUUUGAUGAGGCCAUCCGGGCAGUUCUCUGUCCUCAGCCCACAAAGACGAAGAAAAGGGGAUGCAGUAUCCUUUAAAGGAUUUCAGGCUUUGGCGCUGCACCACAUGGAGUGUUCCUUACCCUUCACUGUUGCUGACGGGACAGAGAGAUGGCUUUGGCACCAGCUGAAUUCUUCACCUGCAACUGUCUGAGUGACACCAGUGUUUGUUUUCCCCUCAUUCUUGAGGGGGCCUCCACACUAGCUGGUUACUUUGCAAUUGUUAUCCUUUGCUUAGUUAUUACAGAGCACCCAGAACAGCUUCAUUGUUAGUCCGUUGCAUUUUCAUAUUUUCUGACUUACUCCCUUGUGCUUUUUUUUUUAAAACCCAAUUAUAACUCUGCCAUGAGAUCAAGUUUGGUGUAGUGGUUUGGCCAUUGCAGUGGGACUUGGAGAAACCAUUGUCCAAAUCCCCCUUCAGCCAUGCAAACCCACUGGGUGACCUUGGGCAAGUCAUGUUCUCUAAACCACUGAGAAAGGUGCUUGGUAAACCUCUUCAGAAUAAUCUGGUCAAGAAAACCCUGUGAUCACCACUCCAUAAAUUGGCGGUGACUGGAAGGCACCUGGCAAAAAUGGAUCUACCCAUGACAACCACCUGUAUGCUGAAAUGUAAUUUCAGAAUUGUCCCUUCAAGAUUUUUUUUGACAGACUCCUGUACCUUUGGUUCAUUCUUUGUAAGCUUAGUUUAUUUAUUGCACCCUCCUUUAUUUGGGCUAGGAGAUAUUUAAACAAAAGAACAGUAUCCUCUGAUUUGUCUCAGAACAGCUUUCUCCAAAUUGAUCCAGUGCCGGGAUUUUGGUGUGCGUGUUUAUAUGUGGCUUUUAAUUAUCAAUUUAAUCUCAUAAGUGCUACUGCCUGGUGAGGGUAGAGAGAAUGAGCAUUCCACUUGGUACAGGAGAAAAACUAGGGGCAUGCAAAAUGGCAGAAAUCCGUUAUGUUUUCGUUUCAGUCCCCACCCCCACUCUAUUCUGUUUUUGGGAAGAUUCCGGGAGAUUCAUAAUUCAGAAGCCUGAGUUCCAUUUUCGGAGGAUUCGGUCCAUCAACGCCAAUGGGGAAAUUUUAGAUGCUCUAUUCUCCAUCAUUUUUAAUGCUAUCAGGAUGAAACGUGGACAUGUAGGACGCAUUUAUGGCUGUAAGUCUGCCAAGUUUCAUGAUGUUUUGUCCAUCCACAGAUGUUUUGGACUUUUAAAAAGUUUUUACCAAUAAAUUCUUUUUAAAAAAUGAAACAGAGAUUUCUGGGAUUUGAAGUCCAAAAGAAGACGCACCACAAGAAGGGAGGAGAAUGGACAGAACCAGCCCUCUGAUUAGCUGAGAAACGUGAUGCAGCAAGUGUGGCUGUGCUCAGUGUUCCCCUUCGCCUCCACAAUGGAGAGAUUGCUGCUUGUAAAACAAACAAAUGGUUAGAAUACUAAUUAUGAAAAAUAAGUCCAAAACAACUAAUCUUUCCCAAAUUUUUAGCUGGAAGAUUAGGCGGCCUGUUUUUUGUUCCAAGAAGGCUCUGAAGAGUACUUCCUGGAGCCACCGGAUUGCCAAAGUUAUCCAACCAAUGGAAUUUCACACACCCCUAGAAAAAAGAGAGAUGAUAUGAGAAGAAAAACUCAUUAGGGUGAAAACAAGAAAAGUUUCAAUGUGAACGGAAUAGAAAGAGGAGAGAGAGAAGGAAGGAAGGAACACAAUGCUGAUUGAGAAUAGAAACGCCACAGAAGGGCAAGUUGCCAAGUAUUUUGUAAUGGCCAUUGUACCACAGACAAAUAGAAUUAUUUGUUUGAUUCAUAGAUAGAUUAGGAACCAAGUCCAGGAGAACCAUCUAGGUGUAUCUGCAUUUUCCCAAAUGAGAUCUUGCUAUGUGUCCCUCAAUCCUAGUAGCACCAUGGGAAAUGCAACAUGAGCAAGGAUAAAAGCAGGGGGAGGAAGGAACAGUUUAAACAAAUAAGUCAUGAAUUCUUCCCCUAGUAGGAAGAGAAGAAGACAUUUGGAGAAUUUUAUUCUUACUGGGGUAACACAAAAUGGUAAAACAGGCCAGUUGGGGGGGGGGGGGGCUACCAAAGAGUAUGAGAAAGGAUCUCUGGUGAAUGGACCUUAUUUCUGAUUGUACAAGAAUUAUGUUCAUGAGGAAAGACAUUGGUGGAUUAUAUAGUGGUGUAUAAUGUACUGUUUGCAAUACCUUGUUUUUAGGAUUCACUUCCAGCUGAUUGUGAAAAGGCACUGCCUCUGCUGUACUAAUGAACCUCAGUGUGGAAGCACCCUUUUUCUUCGAAAUGUCUCUGCCCAGCUUGUCUGCCCCAUAACGCUUAUUGAAUAGCUACUGAUCUUCAAUAAACUCUUUGUUCCUGC